AUGUCUCAAACAUGUACUAUAACUUCAUGCAAUCGUCUAGCACGUGCUUUAUGUCAUUGUUGUCAAAAGAAUGUCUGCAUAAUUCAUUUAAAUGAACAUAAUGAUGUACUUAUGAAUCAGUUAUAUCCUCUUAUUGAUAAUAUUAAUAUAAUAGAUAAUCGUCUUCAAACAAUAAAUAUUAAACAAAUUGCUAAUGAUUAUCGUGAAAAACUUGAACAAUGGCGUUUAGAUUCACAUAAAAAAAUUGAUGAAUUUGUCAAAGUAAAAUGUCAAGAACUUGAUCAACUUAUUGUCGAUAAAAUUGAUGAACAAAAAGAAGAAAUUCAUCAAUUACAAUCAAAAAUGACUGAACUUGUUCAUGAACAACAAGUAACUCAUCAAGAUAUCUAUGAAUUAAUAUCAAUAGGUGAACAUCUCGAACAAGAGAUAAAUAGUAUCGAACAAAAAUAUGUUCAAAUAUUUACUCGUCCAUUAAUAUUAGAUCAUAAUUUAAUUAGUAUUAAAGGAAAUAAUGAAGAAGAAUAUGAUUUAUCAAUUCUUUCACCUGUUUAUAAAAUUAUCAAUCGUCCAGGUGGAAGUUAUGGAGCAUUGGCUAGUAAUGAUCGAAAUUUAUUGAUACAUCAAGCACCAAAUUUAUGUUUAGUUGAUCAAGAUUUAGAUAUAUUUAAACGAGUUCUAUGGUGUCAUGGAAGAAUUUAUGAUAUGUGUUGGUCAGUAACAUUAGAUCGAUUUAUUAUUCUUGAUGAGAAAAAUCUUUUUUUUGUUGAUGCAAAUACACUGUCAAUUGAAAAAGUACAAACAAUUGAAAAGCGAAAAUGGUUAUCAUGUACAUGUUCUGAUGAAUUUCUUUUUUUAUCAACCAAUGAAUGGGGAUCAUCUAUAACAAAAAUUAAUUUUACUUCAUUGAAAAAACUUGAUAAACAAUGGCAAUCACCUACUAUAUGUAGAAAAGAUGAAUAUAUUGAUAUUAUUACUAGUAAUAAAAGAAAACUUGCUAUUUUAAUUCGAAACAAUACAAAUAAAACAAUACGAUUAGAAUUAAGAUCUUCAGAUACAUUAGAUUGUAUUUGGUCAAUUUUACUUGAUGUUCCAUGGAAUGCUAACAAACCAUUUCAUUGUUGUCCAUUCAUUAAUGAAGAUUGGCUUAUAGCUAAUCAUGAGACUGGAUGUUUAUUGCAUAUCACUAAAACAGGAAGAAUCAAGUCUAUUGUACCGUAUAAUACUAUACCCUAUUGUGUUACUAUGUUUGGUACGAAUACAUUAGCUGUAUCGACAAAAGAUGGCAUUCAUUUUCAUAAUGUAAAUUAUAAAAAAACAUACACUAUUUUUGUUCUUUGA